GAUCACUACGUGCUUAAACGUGCCUGAAACCCACCUGGCCAAUACACUUGGUCGUUUGUUUACCGGUAGUACAGCAAUGGCUCUUCGCGUCGCUCCUAUCACGCCUCUCCGCUCCGCCAGCGCCCGGAACUUCAGCGGCCGGCGCACCAGCGUAACUGUGUCUGCGUCUGCAUCACGGGCCCCUGCUGGUGUGGCCAUGCUUUCGGCCGCGGCCCUUCUGAUUGCCGCUCCGAAUGUGAAGGCAGCUGAUCUCGCGCUAGGAGAGCAGAUCUUCAAUGGCAACUGCGCUGCUUGCCAUAUGGGUGGACGCAACAAUGUCAUUCCGGACCAUACGCUCGACAAGGCGGCUAUGGAGCAGUUCCUGGACGGGGGCUUUAACCUUGAUGCCAUUAUCUACCAGGUCAGAACCGUUGGUGUCGCAAAUGUUGAUUCUGGCCUGCGGGGGCAAGAAAUUGACUUGCCGAUUGCCAGCAAGCCUACAUCGGCACAAAAUGUGCAGAAGGCAGCUGUAGCAGCCCAUAUUCCGCGGGGAGGCAUGCUGGCACAUCGCUGUGAUAUCGCACGGGCGCGACAUGGAUUGCACUUUGCGAUAAAUGCGGCCCCACCCAUGUCGAUGGCAAUGUGCGGUUUGCAGUCGAGCAUGGGUCCGAUGGUCCCCUCACUUCGCGCUUGAUAGCUUUGUGUUGCGCUGUCUGGUCGCGUAGACAACGUUGGAGACUGGGGGCCUAAAGUUUUGUACGCUUGCUGCUACGCCAAACUGCUGCCAUACCAUCUGUUGCUGCUGCUGCUCUGCGCAAGGGCCCCAAGUUUUCGCAAGGAUGCUUGUUGGCUUUUUAGCGUUCCGCUCAGUUGUGACUUCAAUGGCUGGCUUCGUGUUUCCUCACUUGAUUCAUACGUACAUAAAUAUGCUGUAUCUGUACUGCUGCCCUGCAUGUUUUAGGUUGAGAACGGCAAGGGUGCCAUGCCGGCGUGGGCGGACCGUCUGUCUGAGGAGGAGAUCCAGUCGGUGGCCUCGUACGUGUACAAGCAGGCCUCGGAGAACGCUUGGUGAUGGCGCUUUGGACGCUGUUCUACCGUGAUGUUAUUAAAUGGGGGGUUAGCCAUUCGACAUAAUUCUUUAUUAGAAAGAGAGCAUCUGGGGGAGAAGUAGAGAAGUAUGCGGAGCAGUGUGUAUGCAUGACAUCUGUCCGGCUCAUUAUGCCACCAUCAUCAACAUGUGUUUGCAUGCAUCGUCUGGAAGCGGUCUCUGUAUAACAUUAGCUCAUGUGCCAGCUUGCAUCGCUUAUACAUUUCUUCACAUGCAUAUGCAUGUGGUGGUUGUGGUAGUAGCGAGAGAGGAUGGUCGUAAACAGAGUUGUUUGUGGCAUGAGAGGUUGAGAGCCCUAGUGACGGAUUAUUUUUCAAGUAUGGGGAAUGCUCCUUUAUGAUAUUAUUAUUGCUGUGCCAAUAAUCCAAACACCUACGUUGCCUGCAUACGACACCUGCAAACAAAUCUUCUGUGUAGGCUUAAGGUGGUUUUGGCCGGAGGCAGGCAGUGGAUUUGAAUGUACUUACAGCCACC